AUGUCAUCAAACUUGGAUCCUACCUACCAUGGCUAUAUUGGGUCAACUAAAGAUGCACUUUUAAUUAUUCAGCAAGCACUUAAUAAACAAUUGGAUUUGGUUCCACGUCGGCCUCAUGAACGAGAGAGACCAAAUUUGAUAAAAUCGGGCAAUGUGUUUGUGUUUAUCGAAGAACAGUCGGGGAUCAAGCGUUGGACUGAUGGUACGUCUUGGUCACCUUCGCGUAUCUUGGGAAGAUUUUUGGUCUAUCGUGAGUUGGAUAAAUCUAGUCUCAACGAGAAGGAUGACAAAAAGAAAAAAAAGCGCAAAUCCAGUCUGAAGUACGAUCAAACACUGGAUAGUGCGGACGCAACAAGAGGAUUAAGGAGAGAUGGUGACAACAUUACUAUAUUAAAUCCACAACUUCAACAACCUCAACAAUCAUUGCAACAAGCUAUCCCUAGCAGUCGGGCUACCCAUGAGCUACUGACCACACUGGAAUUGAUACCGCCAAAUACCAUACCUGCAUCAAAUACGUACAGUAGUACAGAUUAUAACAAAAGUCUAUUGAGUGGCCCAUUAGUUACUUCGUACAUAUUUAAAGAUCAAGGAUUGAUAAAAAAGACGCUAUCGUUAACCACAACCACAAGUGAUCUUCAUUUGGAAAAAUUGAAUGAAAAACAAACAAUCCAUUUGAUCAGCUACUACAAUGCUCAAGAGGUCAUGAAUGGAAAACUACUUCGUCCUUCAGAGUCAGACUUUAAAGAUGUUGUUAUUCCAGCAAGUUUGUGGAAUGCAGUCAAGGAUAGCUCGUUGGGUGGAAAGAUUCCUAUCGAAGAUGAGGCAUUUUAUUUUCUUGAUGGCAAUUAUCAACUUCAAAGCAUGUUACAGCUGCAACAACAACAACAACAACAACAACAACAACAACCUACGCAGCAAAGACAACAACCACCAGCCCCGAUUGCAAAUGUCACUGGAGCUGCUCUUAAUAAUGCAAAGCUUAGCUAUGGCAAGUAUGGUGGACCUUUACCUCAACAACAGCAACAACAAUUUCAACCCCGCAUGGGCCAUCAAUUAGCUGUGGCGCCAUUAACCCAAAAUGACAACUCACUCGUCAAGCGAGAGGAGGAUGAAAGUGGUCCAACCGGGACUAGUGAUUUGAAUUUCAUUAAUCCAUUUUCUGGAACUCAACAGCAAGUACCUAUAUAUGGCGCCUCUUUAGGUUUCAUGACCAAUAACGGUAAUGCUUACAAUUAUCUGAUCCAGAGUCAAGGACUGCUCCACGGACAAACACAAGGAUAUACACCGUCGCAAUACAACCAGUAUUUACAGCAUAAUACAUUACAGAUGAACCCACAUGAAGGAUAUCCUCAACAUUUUCAUCCUAGCUUACUGCAACAACAACAACAGCAGCAGCAGCAGCAACUACACUCCCAUGGACAUCAGCAUCAAACUGGAACCCCCAACUCAACCACACCUGCGUUUCAGCCACCACUUCCGCCGAACUCAGCAUCCAAAUCAUCAACCACUAUGGGAAUAAAUAACACGCCUGGUACGAGUAUUUCAGAAAACAAUUCUGGUGGGAACACUGCCCCACAGUAUCGGUUGAACUCGGGGUCAUCUGUAGAUCAAUAUUCAGUUGGCAAUAAUAACUCUGUAUCAUCAAUUAAUAGUGGAAUGUAUCAAGGCAGUUUAUCAAAUACCACUAGCACUAGCAGCGUCUUGACAACAAAUUCGAGCUUUUCUGUUCCUGCCGGUUCGAGGAAGUUCAGCCAACAGUCAUCUGGUGGACAAGUUCCAACAGUGAGAAACUUGAAACUGAAUAAUUAUACAUCAUUGAGUCAAGGAUAUGGUGCUACAAAUAGCAGCUCUAAUACCGUCACACCAUCGGCCUCUUUAAAUGGUGCAUCGGCAGAGAGUGCUCAAACAAUACCUGCAGCUGCUUCUAGUGAAAUUGAGCCUUCGCAAGUUCAUUCCGGCCAAUUCAUUGGUCAGUAUCCACAUCAACCUCAAUCGCAACAUCAACAUCAUCUGCCACAACAUCUGCAACUGCAACUGCAACAUCAACUGCAUCACCAUCCAUCAAUUUAUCAUUACCAGCUGCCACAUCAACAGUAUUUUCAAAAAUGGAGCAAUUCCCCGCAACAAAGCGGAAAUGGUAAUGGCAGUAACGGUGCAGGAUUUGAAGAUGUAUCCAAUUCUACUCCCAGUGGCUUAUCGGGUCAACAGAGCUCCUACUAUCCUACAUCAAUGCAGGGCCCAAGAUUUUAG